AUGAAUGUCCCGGUUGCCGCAAACGUGCUUGGGACUCUGGGUGCUGUUUGCUGGUCCAUACAGUUGAUCCCUCAAAUUGUCAUCAACUAUCGCCGGCACAACGCCAUUGGUUUGCAGCCUACUAUGAUGAUGCUGUGGGCAUGGGCUGGAGUCCCGUUAGGUGUCUACAAUAUCGUAGGGGAUUUCAACAUCGCUCUGCGUAUUCAGCCCCAGAUUCUGAUUGUGCUGAGCUUGGUGACUUGGAUUCAGUGCUAUUACUAUGAGAAGAACUGGUCUGUCUCCCACUCUCUGGCUCUCAUUAUUCCUGUCCUGUGCUUCAUGGGCGGUGUGCAAGCUGCCCUCAUCAUUGCUCUCCGUCAUGCAAAAGAGAUGGACUUGGAAUGGCCUCUCAUUGUCAUGGCUGCACUUGCUGCUGCCUUGCUUGCGGCAGGAGUAGGGAGUCAUUAUGUGGAUAUCUACCGUCACCGUACGGUGCGAGGCAUCUCGUUCAUCUUCGUAGGGCUAGAUGCGCUCGGAGACCUGACCUCGUUGCUCUCGGUCUUCUUCCAACCCAAGCUUGACAUCUUGGGCAUCAUCAUUUAUGCCGCAGAACUGGCACUUUGGACUGGGAUAUUCGCAUGCGGUGUGUACUAUAACCUCAGACCCUGGCUGGAAGAGAAGUAUAGCAAGAGCGGUGAAGUGACGGCAAGCGAAGGGUUACAAACUAGUGAAAGAGCUCCUGCCGCAAACUCCACAGGUAUUGCGCUAUACGAUUUACCAUCCAGCACCUCGGUAUUCAGAACGAGUUCCGCAGAGAUCGAGGUGCACCGGCAGCGCAGCGUGAGCUCGGGAAUUAGUGGGGUAGCACAUCUGCCUUCAAGAGUUGCGUAG